CUUAUCUAGCACCCACGUGCAGAAAAUCAAAACAUUUGAGGAAACUCGGGCUUUGUUUACUGUUCAACGAAAGAAAGCUCGUGGGUAUGUAAAACCGCUAUGGAUCGUAAAGACGUGGGCGUGGCAGUGUCGAUAGGUGUAGGCCUCGGAUUCGUUGUGGGUUGGUUCAUCAGAGGACGCUUUUUGAGGAGGAUACCCUAUCCAGGCAGUGUGAAGAAUACAGACGUGAAUUUGACCGACAAUGGACCCCUAUUAUCAGACAAUGGAGAAUAUAAACUGGUAUUGGUUAUGCGGACCGACCUCAAAAUGGGAAAAGGGAAGAUGGCUGCACAGUGCUGUCAUGCUGCAGUGCAUGCUGCAGAGUUUGUGGCCAGGAAUAACCCAGAAAUGUACAACAAAUGGAAGAUGACAGGUCAACCAAAGGUCGUAGUCAAGACAGAUUCGGAACAAGAUCUAUUGGAUUUAUGCAAAAAAGCCCGCUCCCUGGGACUGAAUGGCAGUCUGAUACGAGAUGCAGGGCGCACACAGAUUGCUCCUGGAUCCAAAACUGUCUUGGGAGUUGGACCAGGCCCAGAAAAGUUGGUUAAUGAAGUUACUGGUCACCUAAAACUUUGCUGAUCCAUCAUCGUCGAGGGCAAUACCCUUUUCUUGUUACUGUUGACAAUAAAAAGUAAAAAAAAUAAAAAUGAAA